AUGUCAUUCGACCAUCCCUCUGUUCAGUUUGAGUUUGAGGCUCUCAGCACAAGCCAAGAGGACAAUGGCUCGAGUAGCACCAUUCCAGAAAGCCACAAAGACGAGUGCGUUGAAUAUCAAUCACAUGGGCAAGGUGCCCCCUCAUAUUCCUGUGGACAUUAUAAGUAUGGCAGAAGUGAAGGGUUCAAACACUCCCAACCUUCACAGCCAGACCUAGAGACUUCAGACAAACUACCGGAGCAGGAAUUGGAAGCCAGUCAGGGCCAGGACAAAGGCUUUGAAAAUGCUGAUAAGUUACCAUCUCAUCCAAAGCAAAAGAGAUCUGACUCAAAUGAUACACUGCACAACUUUGGCAAGGACCUGAUCAAUGUAUGGGCAGCAUUAAUGCCAGCUAUGGAAGUGCUGUGGAAGUGUAGGAAGCUAGGACAAGAAUCCAAGUUUGACUGUCGGGAAUCACUGGCAUUAGCCAAGGUUGCAGGCGAUGUAGCAGUCAUGCUUGAAGCUGUGAAUGUGAUUUGA